CCUUAAUCAUCUGUAACAGUAACAGUAACAGUCACUGAUUUCGCUAUUUAGUCCUAUCGCCUCGUCUGAAACAAUGCACGUGAAAUCUGACUCGGAGGUUACGAGUCUGGACGCAUCGUCGCCGCCACGGUCCCCUCGGCGGCCCCUCUACUACGUGCAGAGCCCAUCGCAGCAUGAUGUGGAGAAGAUGUCGUACGGAUCGAGCCCCAUAGGUUCUCCACAUCACUACCAUAGUUCUCCCAUUCAUCAUUCCCGUGAAUCGUCCACCACCCGAUUCUCGGCUUCUCUAAAGAACCCUAGAAAUGUCACCGCAUGGAAGAAGAUCCACAGAGAUGUCAACGAAGAAGAAGACGAAGACGAUGUCGUCGCAGGUGGCAGGAGUUCAGGCGAGGUUGCGAGAUUCUAUGUGCUCUGUUUCAUUUUCUCCUUCGUCGUUCUGUUCACGGUGUUCUCGUUGAUCUUGUGGGGCGCAAGCAAACCAUACAAACCCAAAAUCUCCAUUAAGAGCAUAGUGUUCGAGAGCUUUAACAUACAAGCAGGGAUGGACGGUUCAGGAGUCCCGACGGAUAUGAUGUCAUUGAAUUCGACGGUCAAGAUUUGGUUCAGGAAUCCAGCUACCUUCUUCGGUAUCCACGUCACUUCCACCCCACUCCAACUCUACUACUAUCAGCUCAAGCUAGCCGCUGGAUAUAUGGAGAAGUUCUACCAAUCGAGGAAGAGCCAGCGGAUGAUAACGGUAACAGUGAAGGGAAGCCAAGUGCCGUUGUAUGGAGGGGUAUCGGUAGUGAACGGAGGAGAGCAGGACCUGAAGAGCAUGGUGGUGCCGCUGAACCUGACGUUCCUAGUGAGGUCAAGGGCUUAUGUUCUCGGGAAGCUGGUGAGGCCCAAGUUCUAUCGGAACAUACGUUGUGCCGUCACAUUGCAAGGCAACCUACUCGGCAAGCCCAUCUCUUUGCUCCAUUCUUGUGAUUAUCAAUGAACUCUCUCUAUGAAUGAAAAAUUAACUCUCAAUU